UCAGUCUUACUGUCAGUUUCACUGCAGUUGCCCAUUAGGACUUUCAAAAAAGUGCAGCCUGAUAAUAAAACCUUUGACAGGAAAGGGUAUUGUGGUAAUUUUUAUGUAAGCUCAAAAUUGUGGUCACAGCUAAGCUUGAAUUCAAGGAGGAAGUUAAGUUGUUUUCGUCUGCUGCAUCUUCAUUUUGCAAGCAGAGCCUCAGAGGAGAGAAGGGCUGAACUGACUUGGAUCCAGAAGACAAAAUGAAUACAUCCACCUGCACUCAACCCAAUAAGAAAUUAUUUGAACAUACAAUCCUACCUGCUCUCUACAUCUUGGUGUUUGUUGUUGGAUUGGUCCUGAAUGUAUGGGGAAUGAAGUCUCUGCUGAACAACUGGAAGAAACUUUGGAGUAUUAACAUUCUUGUUCUCAACCUUGGACUAGCAGACAUGUUGUAUUUGCUGAAUCUCCCCUUUCUCAUCGUGUACUACCUUCAAGGAAACAAAUGGAUCUUUGGAGAUGAAUUCUGCUUGGUAACAAGAUUCUGCUUCAACCUGAAUUUAUACGGCAGCAUCGGGUUCCUCACCUGUAUAAGUGUGUACCGGUACCUGGCUGUUGUCCAUCCAAUGAGAGUGAUGGGAAAAUUAACUAUGACUCACUCUGUGAUCAUCUCGGUAAUUAUUUGGAUUCUGGUGAGUGUUGAGAGUCUUCCAGACAUGUUCUUCCCAAAAACAUAUCCAAACGGAACAAAGUGCUUUGACACCACCUCUUAUGAACAUAUUGAGAGUUACCUGGAUUACACCAUCGCAUGGACAUUCGUUGGAUUCUGCAUCCCUUUUGUCACCAUUGUAGGUUGCUAUGGACAUGUGACUGUUGUUAUCUGCCGUUCAAAUAUGAUGAAAAAAGACCAGAAACGACAAAUCUUAAAACUGAUGGCUAUAGUGAUUCUUCUGUUCUCGCUUUGUUAUGCGCCGUACCACAUUUUCAAGAACCUCAGCCUGUAUUCCAGAGCUCUGCGUAAGCAGAGGACCUGCCCCAAAUGGGAUUCUGCAGUCUUUAUUGCCCGCCAGGUAACCCGUGGUCUUGUGAGCCUGCAUAAUGCUCUUAACCCGCUGGUUUACCUGUGUCUAUAUGAGGAAAUGGUUUCUCAGUUCAGGCAGCUGCUGAGGGGGGGGCACCAGAUCUUGAGUCGUCGUUUCAAGUCAAAAUCCAGCUCUGUGCCGGUAUCACAGGCUGAGCAAGAAGCUGGAAGUGAUUUAUGACACAAGUAGCGUUUUGUCAUGAGUUAAAUUGUAACAAAUAAUGUGAUUUUGUCUAGGUAACUUGAGAACAUCACAUUUCCCCACGCUGGACAUUUUGGUUUAGCAGUAACAAUACAUGAAAUUACCUGUAAAAUUAAUCAUCUAAAGUAACAUCUAGACCUACCAUAGAAUAGAACUUCAAUAAGAUCAAUAUGGUUGUGCUUUUCUGUUUUGUUUAAUGAAAACUUUGCUUUAAUUCUAUUUCUUUUUGUAUUUCAUCAUAAAAAAUAGGCAGAGAGAGAGAGAGUGCUGUCAAGCCAUGAAAAAGAACAGCAGACUUCCUGAAAAAAUAGGAAGUAAGUUUCCAUCCUGCAGAAAGUUUUAAAGAAUGAAGUCUUAACACUUUAAGUAAUUGAAUUAAUAUUUGUAUUAAUGUUGUUUUGAUGCUGAAUUGGAUAAUCUAAAGAGGUUAUGGAUGUGAUUUUGACAAUGAAUGUGAAAUGACGUAAAAUAUUUAUUUGCAAUCAAAGAUCACUGAUAUGUGCUGGAGGAAGAUACUACAUGAAAGGUUAGGAAAAGGAGAAUCAGCAAAAUUCAUGUUUAAUGUGUUUGCGAAUCAGAAAUGACUUGUAACCUCAGUAAAGUUGAUCAGAGCUUAA